AACCGAGCAGAUCGUCACACAGUUGUUCGUAGUCCAAAAUGGCGCUAUGUUUACGUCUAUGGACAGUCGUUUUUUAUCCUUAGCAAGUCUCAUGGAGUGCUUUUGUGAUUUUAUUGCCGGGAAAAAAUAAUUUCGCCAAACGUUUAACUACAAGAACGCUAACUCACUACAAACAGGACGUCGAUACGUGACUGUAAAGUUCACCUGCAGCGGUAGGAAGGAUGCAGACUGAGGACACAGACACUUCAAUGAGAGAGGGCAUAGAGGCUCUGGGUGUGGAGGACACAGAGAAACCUGCAGAAGGCAAAGAGGAGGAGAGCAACACAGAGAAACAGGACACUGAGAUGACAGCUGCCACAGAGGAGGAGGACACUGCAACCAAGGAUGAGAAGGAUGGAGACAUGGAUGCAGAGGAAGGAGAUACACAAAAGGAUGAAGCCCAGGCAGACACAGGGGUGGAUGGUGAAGAGGGAAAGCAGGCUGCAGAGGUGGAUGGCGAAUGGGAACUCGCAUACAGUGAUGAGGAAAUGGAGGACCCCAAAAACUGGAUGCCACCUCCCCCUGAAAUCAAAAGACUCUAUGAGCUCCUCGCUAAAGGAGAGAUGCUGGAAUUGAACUUUGUGCCCCUACCCAGGAGGCCCCCAACACCUGAACGUACCCCAUCACCUGAAAGAGAUGACGAGGAAGAGGCAGCGAAGGAGAGGGAGAGGGAGGAGAGAGAGCGCAAGCCUCCAACUCCAACUGAGUUUGACUUUGAUGAGGAGCAGAUGCAAGCCACUCCGAAAAAUGCCUUCAUCAACAGACGCAGAACACCAGGAUCUUCAGCCCGCUCCUCUGUGAAAAGAGAAGCUCGUCUGGACAAAGUGCUGUCGGACAUGAAGCGCCACCAGAAAAUCGAGGAGCACAUCAUGCGCACGGGCAGAGACCUCUUCAAGAGCGACAAGAAGCUGGAGGAAGCCCUGUCUCCCAACAGCCAGAAGGAGCGGGAGAAGGAGAGGGAACGAGACAGCAACCCCAACACCAUCUUCUCCCCGAGGCAGAGGAGAUACUGAAGUAUUAAGAGAUGAGGAGUUUCCCAGAGGCAAACAAGGACAAUAGCUUUCCGAGAUUUUCUCAAAACUUGAAUUUUUUAACGUAACGAGUUUUGUAUAUUUUCUAUGUGUGUUUUGUAUGAUGCAAUAAACAUUUUAACCCUUGACUAAC